CCAACAACCGAUAUUCCGGUGGUCCGGCAGCAAUUGUCACACGUGCAAAACGAGCCCUCAUCUCUUGGAACUGACAACUCCAGUCUCCCAGCACAAGAAAAACAUAGACAUUAUACUUUCACACUCUCUCUCUCUCUCUCUCUCUCUCACACACACACACACACUCUCUCUCUCUCUGCUAUUGUUAAUGGCGAUGAUAUAAAGGAAUUAGGGUUCGAGUUAGAGAGAGAGAGAGAGAGAACAAAGGAAAUUAUUUGAUUUGCUAUCAAAAUGUAUUCUUUAACAGUGAAACCCUUCUUAGUUCCUCAACCUCAAUUUGCUUCUUCUUCCUCUUCUUCUACUUCUUCUUCGCAUUGCUCGCAUCGUUGGAGCUCUGUAAUUAACUUCCCCACGAUAAGGACCAAGCACAGUGGAGGAAGAAGAUUUGCUCUCACAAUUCACGCUUAUGAUUCUUCCAAGAACCAAGCUCCCAACGGCUCCGGCGAUUCCAAGCCUCCCAACGGAGCUAUGCCAAAGACCAGAAGAGAAAUUCUAUUGGAGUAUGUCAAAAAUGUGCAGCCAGAAUUUAUGGAGAUGUUUGUGAAGAGAGCACCUCAACAGGUAGUUGAUGCUAUGCGCCAAACAGUGACAAAUAUGAUUGGAACACUUCCACCACAAUUUUUUGCAGUAACAGUUACCACUGUUGCUGAAAACCUUGCGCAGCUAAUGUACAGUGUCAUGAUGACUGGAUACAUGUUUAAGAAUGCACAAUACCGAUUGGAACUACAACAAAGCUUGGAGCAGGUUGCCCUUCCUGAUGCACAAGAUAAAAAGGAUGCGCCAGAUUAUGCACCCGGUACACAGAAGAAUGUGUCAGGUGAAGUUAUUAGGUGGAAUAAUGUCUCAGGUCCUGAGAAAAUUGAUGCUAAAAAGUACAUAGAGUUACUUGAAGCUGAGGUUGAGGAACUAAAUCGUCAAGUUGGUAGAAAAUCAUUAAAUGGGCAAAAUGAAUUGUUGGAAUAUCUCAAGUCUCUUGAGCCCCAGAAUCUGAAGGAUUUGACAAGUAGUGCUGGAGAGGAUGUUGUGCUUGCAAUGAACACAUUCAUAAAGCGCCUUCUGGCUGUUUCGGAUCCUAGCCAAAUGAAGACAAGUGCAACAGAGACUAGUGCACCAGAACUUGCCAAGCUUCUUUAUUGGCUGAUGGUGGUCGGCUACAGCAUUCGUAACAUCGAAGUCCGUUUUGAUAUGGAACGAGUGCUUGGGACUACCCCAAAGCUCGCAGAAUUGCCUCCAGGAGAAAAUGUUUAAAUUACUGUGGAUGGAAUUGCAAAGAACAGAAGUUAAGGUGCUGUUGGAGCAAAGUGUUCUUCAUUUUAAACUGAAGGAUCAAUCCAUGGAUGAUUUACUGCUGGUUGAGAAGGAAAAAUUUUAACUUGCCACGGAGUAGGCUUUCCCAAAUCUUAAUAGUCAAAAUGAUUGAUAAUGUUAAUUCAAAAGCCAAGAUAUAUUUGUAGGCACAUCUAGCGAAAUCCCCGUAUGUACUUUGUCUCAAACAUGCAUCUUUUCAAUUAUUUUAUAACUAUCAAGAGAGUCUGGAGUUCUUGGAUUAUUUUAUGACAUGCAUCCAUCCUGUUUCUAUAA